GUAUUUGCAUCUCUUGCUACAGGGCCCAGGCAAAAUAAUGCCACGUUCUAUGAAAUACGUACCUAUGAUGUUAAACCAGCGAAGAUGAAAGAGUUUGUGGAAAUGGUCAAUAAAUACAUCCACCUUCGUGCAGCUCAUUCAGAGCUGAUAGGAUUCUGGACUGUGGAGUUUGGGGCAAUGAAUAAAGCCAUCCAUAUUUGGAAGUUUGAUAAUUUUGCUCACAGAGCAGCUGUUCGGAAAGCCAUAGCCAAUGAUAAAGAAUGGCAAGAAAAAUUCAUCUCUCCUGUUCUGCCCUUCUUGGAAAAACAGCACAAUGAAAUUGCAUACUUAGUACCCUGGUGUGAGCUUGGGAAGCCUCCGCAAGAAGGGGGGGUAUACGAGAUGGUUACAUUCCAGAUGAAACCUGGUGGACCAGCUGUGUGGGGCCAGGCAUUUAAAACUGCUAUCAGUGCUCACAUCAAUACAGGCUACACUAAGCUGAUCGGUGUUUUCCACACAGAAUAUGGGCUACUGAAUACAGUUCACGUUAUGUGGUGGAAUGAGAAUCCAGACAGCCGGGCAGCAGGAAGGCAUUAUGCGCAUGAGGAUGCCAGAGUGGUAGCAGCUGUGCGGGAAAGUGUCAGAUUCCUGGAGUCCCAGAGAAGUAUGCUCCUGAUUCCUUUGCCAUGUUCACCAUUGAAAUAGCUUUUACCAACUGCUGUAAUGACUGCAGAACAAAAUGCUGUAAGAAAGCAUUUCAAGAUUGAUCUCUGUGCUAAUGUAAUCUGGGCAAAUACUCUUCAGUUGACAGUUAUGUGGGCUAAUCCCUCCCAUUGUUAAAUAGUAAUUUUUUCUCUUCUUUUAUCUCUAGGCUGUCCAGGCUCCAAUAAAAAUUCAGCCUCUGCCCCACAUGGCAGAAAACCUUUCUGCAAACUCUUCCUACUGUCCGCUAAUCCUACAAUUUGUAUCCAAAGCUCACCACUGUGCUACUGAAAUUUUGACCCAAGGGCUGCAGCCAUCUGCACAGCAUGUUUUGCUGCAUCUUUCAAUGACUAACUAUGGGUCUAAGAAGCAGAAGUCCUAGGUGCCUUGCAACCCAGAUUGCAGUCAAGACCAUAAACCUUACUGGUGUGUCUACUUGUAUUCUUAAAAAAACAGAUUGCUGAGAUUAUAGCUGAGAAGUCUUGCAGUAAAGUUGGUUAAGUGGUGUUUUACAUGCAUGUUUAAGCAGUGUUCACCCUUUUUACCUCUUGAAAUACUGCUUUGCAGUCGCUGUCUCUUUCUGUUUUGGGUCCAGUGAAAUCUGUUCAGUUCCUCGUCAAUAAUGUAUUUCAUAGAUCAUGAAAACAUUUUAAUACUUAUUCAAUAUGCAUAAAUUGGUUAUGAAUUAAAAUAUAAGUGGUUCAUGUAUGCAUCGAAUCAAGGAUGAGACACAUGCCUACAUUUUUUCAAAAAUGAUUUGCUCCACUGUAACACUUUAAAACCUAAUAAAAUUGUAUACA